UCCAAGAAAGGAUUCAUACCUAUGCAGCAUGGGCUGUGUCUGUCAAAAACACAAUCCCCUUCAACAAAAGAAGAAAGGGAUCGCAUGAAUGAGAUUCCAUAUGCGUCUGCAAUUGGAUCUAUCAUGUAUGCCAUGUUAUGUACUCGUCCAGAUGUCUCGUAUGCUUUAAGUGCAACGAGCAGGUACCAAUCUGAUCCCGGUGAGAGUCACUGGAUAGCUGUCAAGAAUAUCCUUAAGUACUUGAGAAGGACUAAAGAUUCAUUCUUGAUAUUUGGAAACAUGGAAGAGCUUGCGGUAGUUGGAUAUACCGACGCUAGUUUCCAGACAGAUAAGGAUGACUUCAGAUCGCAAUCUGGUUAUGUGUUCUGCUUAAAUGGUGGCGCUGUAAGCUGGAAAAGUUCGAAGCAAGAAACAGUUGCUGAUUCUACGACCAAGGCCGAGUAUAUUGCCGCAUCAAGUGCAGCAAAGGAAGCUGUUUGGAUCAAGAAGUUCAUAAGUGAACUUGGCAUAGUCCCUAGCAUUGUGGAUCCCAUUGAUCUCUACUACCCACUGACAAAGCCUCUUGCUCAGCAGAAGCAUGAUGGACAUACUAGAUCUAUGGGUAUUAGAGGAAUGCCUGAUUGGCUCUGGUGCUAG